AUGCCACAUCUCAUGAUUGGAUGCCUUCAUGACGCAACGUCUGACAAUGUCGACCAAGUGAAAGACUUCAUCAGAAACCACGGAGGUCGAACUUUGGAUGACCUUGAGGAUGGUACCAUUUUCGGGCAAGUCCACGAUGGUGCUGAAGUUCCGGAGCAACUCACCAAUCGCCUGAGAGACCAUGACUACGUAGACGAUCUUCUGCGUAUUGUUCCAGUGACGUAUACCUCAUCUUCGAAUGAUGAGACGAUGACAGUGUAUGAGCCCGAAGAUAGCUUGUCGUUCGAGCGAAGGCGCCUGCUUGAGCAUCUAGGUCUCUCUGCCACCCAAGACGAGCAGCCAUCUAAUUCGACAUAUACCAAGAUGACAUAUAUUUUUAUCGAGUCAGCUCCGAGCUCCCCCCGAGGCGCUAAAUGCAGGCUUCCAGGCUGUGAAAGAACGAUCGAACCCGGCUCUCUGCGUCUCGCCUUGCAUCCAGGUAUGGACCAGGGCUGGUGGAGAAAUAAUACUACGUUUCUAUACCAUAUAGAGUGUUUCGAGAGAAUCGCCGAUUUCACCCAGCUAGCAUUCAUUCAGCGCGUCUUACCCGUGACAAGGAAUACUUGGAAAUACCGAAACUUGAACGUCGGGGGCAUUCUUGAUGGUAACUACUUUGUCUCUGCUGGUGUAGAGCGCCUGAUUCAAGAAUGGAGGGAGGUACAUGCGAUGUGGGCUGCCAAGCGAGACGACUGCUACGAUGAGACCCAAGAUGUGCUCCCCGCAAACCUCGAUGCUCUACUGUACCAAUCGGGUUCUGCUGUUAACCAAGAGCCCAAAAAGCCCGGUCGGAUGAAGGAAUACGAAUAUCUUCUUCUACGCACUAUGUUAGCCCCAAACGAGAGUGACGGUCCGGAGGAUCCCUCGGAGUGGAAUUUAUUUUCUGAAUACAUCGACUCAGCAGCAGAGGCAUUAGAUAACCCACAUGAUUUAAGCACGAUGCUCCAACGCUGGCAGACAGAUGUGCUAAACCUGUGUAUUUUGAAGAAGCUUGCCAAGGAGGACGAAAGCGAAUUAGAUGAUUCUCAGGUGGAGACAAAGCAUGCGCUAGGAGAAAAGCCAAUGCGAGCACUUCGGCGAUUGUCUGGAAUUCCAAUGGUAGAUACACAUACGGCGUUUUGGGGCAUUUAA